CUUGGCUGCAUUUUCCAAGCCCUAGACCUGGGAACGCCUGCUUGGCUUUUCUCCACAUGGUACUCUAUUCCAACGUUGGAAGAGCUAGUUACUUGGACGUUCGUCAUGAAGCUGUACUUCGGUCUCCUCGCCGGCGUGGCCUACGCCCGCGUCUUUCAUAGCCUAAAAAAUGUGCCCCAAGGCUGGAAACAAGCGCGCGCGGCCCUGCCCACCGACAGGAUCAAGCUGCACAUUGCGCUGUCGCACCCGAGUGGCGCGGCGCUAGAACAGGCCGUGCUGGAGAUGUCAACUCCUGGCCACUCCAACUACGGGCAGCAUAUGAGCGCCAAAGAAUUGCGUUCGUUCACAGCCCCCUCGAAGCGCGGCCUGUCGGAUGUGACGGGUUGGUUAAGGGAUGCCGGAAUCGAGGUCAUGGUUGACAAUGACUGGAUCCGGAUCGAACCCACGGUGGAACAGGCCAAUGCGCUGCUGAGUGCCGAGUUCGCGUGGUAUGAGUCUGAGAAUGGGGGCGCGGCCAAGUUGAGGACACUAUCAUAUAGUGUGCCCGAUGGGAUAGCGGAUUCAGUGAAGAUGAUUCAGCCGACUACCAGGUUUGGGCAACCGGAGCGUCAUCGGUCAAAUGUUUUCUCCAUCAUUGAAAAUCCAGAGCUGGUUGAUGGUGAGGAGGCGGCGGCCGUCACCUAUGUGACUCCGGCUUCCCUAAAGUCACUAUAUAACAUUGGAUACACGCCCAGCGCCGAUGGCAACCUGGUCGCUUUCGCUUCUUACCUAGAAGAGUAUGCCCGCUAUGCCGAUUUGCAGUCCUUUGAGAGAAGGUUCUUGCCAGAACACGUGGGUCAGAACUUCAGCGUCGUCCAGAUCAACGGUGGCUUGAAUGACCAGACCAGUACACAGGACAGCGGCGAAGCAAACCUCGACAACCAGUACAUCCUCGGCGUCAGCGCCCCUAUUCCCAUCACCGAAUACAGCACCGGCGGUCUUGGUCCCCUCGUCCCAACCGUAGACGAGACCGUAGACAGCAACGAGCCUUACCUAGAAUUCCUAACUUACCUCCUCAAACUCCCCGAUGCCGACCUUCCCCAAACCCUCUCCACUUCCUACGGCGAAGAAGAGCAAUCCGUCCCCAAAGACUACGCCCUCACCGUCUGCGACCUCUUCAUGCAACUCGGCGCCCGCGGUGUCAGCGUGCUUUUCUCCUCGGGCGACAGCGGGCCGGGUGACUCUUGCAUCAGUAACGUCAACGAUGGGCCCUUUUUCCAGCCUAGUUUCCCUGGCGCCUGUCCAUGGAUUACUUCCGUUGGCGCUACGACUAGUUCGAGUCCCGAGGUGGCGGUUAGUUUUUCGAGUGGUGGAUUUAGCAUCUAUCACUCUCGCCCCGCCUGGCAAGACGCCGCCGUCUCUUCCUACCUUUCUAAGAUCGGAAAAACGUACUCGGCUUACUUCAACGCCACGGGUCGCGGAUUCCCUGACGUCGCGGCGCAAGGCGAGUAUUUCGAGGUGUAUGACCAGGGACGCCUGGCAGCGUAUAGCGGGACUAGCGCUUCGGCGCCGACGUUUGCCGGCGUGGUGGCGUUAUUGAAUGCAGCUAGAAAGAGUAUUGGGGAAGCGCCGUUGGGUUUCCUAAAUCCCUGGUUGUAUAAUAACACCGCGGCGUUGACGGAUAUCACAACGGGUGCUGGGACCGGAUGCACGACGAAGAAGUUUUUCCCUAAGGGGGCGGCGUGGAAUGCUACGGCGGGGUGGGAUCCAGUCACGGGGUUAGGGACGCCGAAGUUCGACAAGUUAUUGGCUGCUGCUGCUCCGGGUGUGGCUAAUAAGUGAUUGUUGUGUUGAUGGUGAUAAUUAAUAGUGGAUUUAUCAUGAAGGAAAUGACGAAAAACGUGUGGCAAGAGCAUGUGGAGUCUAAACAUGGUUCCAUAUAGCUAAGUAAUUGAUCGUUGGCCAAUGGAGAAUCACUCCCAUGUCUCAGGUUCUUCGUAUAAUCAGUAAAUAAUGAUUAUGUUGCAACGAAACCUCCAGGCUUGGUAUACUUGAGCAUCCCUGGGACUGGGCCGAUAGUCAGGACGCCAUCUCACUUUGGAUAGCUAGAAUCUUAUAC